AUGGCUGCAUCACGCAGGGGUGUCCCAGGCGUAUUCAACGAGGUCAUGAGCGAGGUUAUGGUGUCUGGUGAUAUCGAUGAAAUGGCGGCCAUGAUGCGGUUCGCAAGCACACACGCACGCGAACAGCUCGUUGAUAUCGGUUCACAUUGUUUCGCCAGAGGUGCUUUCAAAAACUACCUCCGCCACAUACACCUUGAAUCUCGUCAGCGUUUCCUUCAAGAUGCAGCCAUGUUCGCAUUGCUCGAGUGGGGUCCACUUGAGAGGAAAGUCAUCGUCGAGAAGAUCAAGGCAACAAGUACCGCAAGCCUCGCGCCACCUCUGAGCGAGACCGAGCUUGUCCAGCAAUUGGUUCUGCAAUUCCUCCAGCAUGAUGGCUAUGUAGAAACGGCUCGGGCUUUUGCCGAGGAGAUCCAACAAGAGAAGCAGGCUCUGAGCCCGGACCAGGACGCCGAGAUCAAGGGCAUCAGCAUCGCAGAUGACGAGAAUGCGAACAACAGACAACGCAUCCGGAGAGCUAUCCUGGAAGGAGACAUUGACUGGGCUCUUCAAUUGACCCAGAAGUUCUACCCCCGAGUCCUUGAGAACAAUGAGCAAGUGCACUUCCGGCUCCGGUGUCGAAAGUUCAUCGAGAUGAUCCGCCGGGAGGCCGAGCUCACCAUGACGGGCAGCAAGGGUGUUGUUGGCUCCGCCGGUGUCAAGAGCAACGGCCACCAUCACAACCUUGCCAUGGAUAUUGACAGCGAGGAGCAAGAGCAAGGAGAUGAGGACGAGGACGAUGAUGAGGACGAUGACGACGACGCGGCUAUGCACGGACAACAGCACGAGCAGAAGCACCAGAGCAGCGCGAUGGAGCAGCAGAUGGCGGCGCUCGAGUACGGACAGAAGCUGCACGCCGAGUUCGGGAGUGACCCGCGGCCGGAGGUUCGCAAGGCGCUGGACGAGAUCUUCUCGCUCAUGGCGUACGCCAACCCGCUGGGCCAGCAGGAGGUGGCGUACCUGCUGGACCGCAAGGGCCGCGCGACCGUGGCCGAGGAUCUCAACUCGGCCAUCCUGCAGUCGCUGGGCCUGUCGUCGCGGGCGGCGCUCGAGACGGUCAUGGCGCAGACGACGGUGUUGCUCGAGGACCUGAGGCAGGACGGCGGCCCGGGCACGUUUGUCACGCUGCGGGACGUGCUGGGCCAGAUUCCUGCUUCGCAGCCGUUUUGA